GAAUGGUUGUAAAGCACAGAUACUGUUUCAAAUGAAUUCCGUCCACUUCACAGGAUGAAGUGCUGGUUUCUCUGGUGGCUGGUGUUUUUUGUGUCACACCAACCCUCUGCAUGUUCUCCUUCAAAAAGAGACUGCAACACAACGCAAUGUCCAAGUUCAAAAUGUCCAGGUUCCUGCACGAAUCAGUGUCAGAAAGGAGAUGAUCCCUGUUGCUGUAUCAACUGUGUUGACAACAUUUUGGAAAAUGGAAGCCUUGAUGCCACUAUCAAAGCAAUUAUGGAGCUAGAAGAUUUUAUGGAGGAAGAAAAAAUAAACGGGACCGAUUUAGCAACGAGUUCUGACAAUAUUGUUUCUCUCCAGUAUGAACCCAAUGACACGUUCGACGACCUUGACAUUUAUGCGAGUGAUAAUGAGGACAUAUCAUACGAGCCUCUUUCCAGCAGCACAGUGAGCGUUCAGCUGCCAAGAGAACUGAAUCCUGGACAGAAUAACACAAUUGUGUUCCUCAAGCUUAAGUGGCCUGAAACAAACCAGAGUAUUUUAGGAUCUACAUAUGAAGUGUAUGAUCGAGAACUGGUUGGCCUGAGUGUGGAGGGCAAGAACAUAUCAGGACUACAGCAGCGUGUCAACAUCACCAUCAACCUUUCCAAGGAAAUACAUGAAACCCAGAAACCCUCAUGCCACUUCUUUAACUUCACAACACGCAAUUUUAGUGAGAAUGGCUGCAUUACCCUAUGGACCCGUGGUCGUAAUAACGUCACCUGUUCCUGUGACCAUCUCACAUACUUUGCUGUGCUCAUGGUUCCUGCUUCCCCAUCACCUAAAGACCAAAAGAUUUUAACAUACAUCACUCUGAUUGGCUGCAGUCUCUCUCUUUUUACCCUGGUCAUCACUGUUUUGAUCUUCAUCACAAAUAGAAAAGUCAGAGAAGAUGUUUCUAUGAGGGUCCACAUCAACCUCGUGAUUGCACUGAUCCUCCUCAACCUGCAUUUCCUGUUAAGUUCCACAGUGGCAGCGGUGUCCUCUACUGGGCUCUGUUUAUACAUGGCUCUUGUCCUUCACUACUCUCUGCUGGCCACUUUCUUCUGGAUGGCUUUGGAGGGAUUCCACCUCUACCUUCUCUUAGUCAAAGUCUUCAACAUCUACAUCAAGAGAUAUCUGCUCAAACUCAGCGUGGUGGGAUGGGGUGUUCCUGCAGUCAUUGUGUCAGUGGUGGUGAUCAUAGACAGAGGCUUUUAUGGCCAUGUCUCUCUGGACACAUCUAACUCCAACAACACUGCAAUAUGCUAUAUAACCAAUAACACUGUAAAGAUGGGGACUACAUUUGGACCGUUCAGCUUGGUGUUCCUCUUUAACAUGUUCAUGUUUGGAGCGACAAUCAGACGUGUUUGGAUUCUACGCAAAAGCACAGAGUUUGGGCAGAGUAACCGUGACAGAGCAAAGAAAGACAUUUGUACCCUGCUGGGAGUCAUGACUCUGCUUGGCAUUACCUGGGGCCUGGUCUUCUUCUCUUUUGGCCAUCUGACCACUGUUGGCCUCUACCUCUUCUGCAUCCUGAACUCACUUCAAGGUUUCUUCAUCUUCCUGUGGUUUAUGAUGUCAAUGAGAAAGGCUAAAACCGCAGUUACUAAGACAAGCAAUGAAAAUCAUAGCAACAGCACCUAGCUUACACAUAACUACCAAUACCUCAAGAAGUGCCCAUGUGUGUCAUGUUGGAAUGUAUAACGUUGAAACAUUAUUUUUUAUUAAGUUCAUGUAUACAACAAUGCAUCAGGUAAGAGAGCGACUGAGACCAAGCAAUUUAUAUGAAAGUAUGAAGUGUGAAGAUUUUAACAGCCCCACUUUAGUUUUGAUGUUUUCUUGUUAUUAGAAUAGACAGAAUGUUUGUGGCAAGGGGUUUAUAUUUCCACCAGAGCGUGUAACAUAUGAGGAUAAUGCAUUUGAACCUUAAUUUUUGGAGCACUUCUGAGAGUGAAAAUUGAAAUAGUCAUGUGGUAAAGGAAGGCCAGAAUAAGACAGAUGAUAGAUGAAGUGUUUCUUCUGCACCCGCUUUCAGAGAUCAGAGGUAUAACAACAGAAAAUUGCUCUUUUGUCACAUACUCAUUUGCAUAUCAAUCGGGGAUUUAAAUGAAACUCAUCUGGCAUUAGUUUAGUGUUUUAAGAGGCUGCUAUGUUGAUUGCAUGAAGAACAUUAUUAUGCUCUAUUGUACUUGGACUGCUUUUAAGUUUCUUUAUAUUAAACAUUGUGAAUCAGUAAAGGCUGUUGUGUCAAUAAUAGCAGUAAUAGCUGCCUUUCAUUAUUUCUGCACAAUGUUAUUUGCACACGAUUCUUUUCUUGCUGAUUAUCAGCCUUUUUGGCUAACACUUUUAUGCAAUAACUUUAUAUAUUUUUCAAGCUUCACAGAAUUUUAUGGACAUUUACAAAUUACAGCCAGUCUAAAUUCCAAAAUCACAGUUUUGUUCAGUGUUACAUGCCAAGAGGUGUGGCUUUGUUUUUAUGUUGCUUUUAGCUUUCAGGUGUCAUCCCUCCACCUAUUGGCCGAUUCAAAGUUGACUGGCAUGUCUGUUGGCUGAUCUGGGCACAGUAGGCCAGUCACUUGCAGGGGAUCGUUACAAAUGAGCAGCUCUCUGGCCAGCUGGUGGCUUCUGACUCAUGAGAAACUUUUGUGUAUGUUAAGGCAGAGUGUGUGGUGGGAGGUUGGACAGGUAAGCUGGGGUACCCUAUAUACUGGCUGCAGAGUUUUUAACUGUUAGACACACUAGGUUAUGCGGUUGAUGCCACGUUUGUAUGUUUUUACUAACCUUUUUGUCGAGUAGCUAGAUAGGCCUUUUUGUUUUGCACUUUAUUUUAUCUAGGCCCAGGGAAACUAUUGACCUCUUGUUUUAUUAAUUUCUUUGAUUUGGCUCAACCGCCCAGUCCUCCUCCCCCACCUUUUUCUUUUGUUAAGUUUGGCUGCCAAGGUAAACAAUCAAUAA